GCCGCUGCUCUGCCUGCUGCUCGCCGCCGUGCCUUGCCUCCAGACAGGACAGAGCAGAGAUGGGAGCAUCAUCCCAUCUCCUAGAGAAGGAAGCAGUCACUCAGAACCCAUGGAGAAGCUGAUUCACAUGGAAAUGAGGGUCCAGCCAGGUUCCAAACCAGGAGUGACAACAAGCCAGGAGGAGCUGCAGGUGAUCCAACCUGAGACAGUGUCGGUCGCAGCUGGAGAGACGGUCACUCUGUCCUGCCAGCUCUCCUCUCUGCAUCCUGUGGGGUCCAUCAAGUGGUUCAGGGGGACUCUCCCAAAUCGCCAGCUAAUCUAUGAUUUCAAAGGAACCCAAGACAAAGGACACCUCUUCCUCCGAGUAAGAAACGCUUCAGACCCCACCAAGAGAGACAACUUGGACUUUUCCAUCCGCAUCAGUAACAUCACCCCAGCCGACGCCGGCACCUACUACUGUGUGAAGUUCAGCAAAGGAAGCCCUGAUGACAAGGAGCACAAGUCUGGUCCUGGGACUCGGGUGACAGUGAGUGCCCAGCCCUCUGCCCCCCUGGUAUUGGGCCCCUCGGCGAGGACCACACCUGGGCAGACAGUGAGCUUCACCUGCGAGUCGCACGGCUUCUCCCCCAGAGAUGUCUCCCUGAAGUGGUUCAAAAAUGGGAAAGAGCUCCCAGCCCUGCAGACCGAGGUGGUCCCGCUGGGCGACAGCGUCUCCUACAACAUCUCCAGCAGGACCCAGGUGACGCUGACCACAGAGGAUGUGCACUCUCAGGUCAUCUGUGAGGUGGCCCACACUACCUUGCAGGGCUCUCUUCGUGGGACGGCCAACGUGUCUGAGACCAUCCGAGUUGCACCCACUUUGGAGGCCUCCCAGCACCCCGUCCAAGAGAACCAGGUGAACGUCACCUGCCAGGUGAAGAAGUUCUACCCCAAGAACAUAGACCUGACCUGGUUGGAGAACGGAAAUGUGUCUCGAACCGAAUCGGCCUCGCUCCUCACGGAGGACAAGGAUGGGACGUAUACCCUGAAGAGCUGGAUCCUGGUGAACUCCUCUGCCCUCAGGGAGGAUGUGGUGCUCACCUGCCAGGUGGUGCACGACGGGCAGCCCGCAGUCACCAGAGAGCAGACCCUGAAGGCCCCUGUCCACACGAAGCCGGAGAGCACAGAGCAAAACCCCGACGGCCAGAAUAAGGGCAUCUUCAUUGCUGUGGGCGUGGUGUGUGCCUUGCUGGUGGCCCUGGUGAUGGCAGCCCUCUACCUCCUCCGCAUCCGGCAGAAGAAAGCCAAGGGCUCCACAUCCUCAACCAGGUUGCAUGAGCCUGAGAAGAAUGCCAGAGAAGUAACCCAGGUACAGUCCUUGAUCCAGGACAACAAUGACAUCACCUACGCGGACCUGAACCUGCCCAAGGGGAAGAAACCUGCUCCCCGGGCUGCCGAGCCCAACAACCACACCGAGUACGCCAGCAUCCAGACCAGCCCGCCGCCCGGGCCCGAGGACACCCUCACCUAUGCCGACCUGGACAUGGUCCACCUCAACCGGGCCCCCAAGCCGCCCGCCCCCAAGCCCGAGCCCUCCUUCUCCGAGUAUGCCAGCGUCCAGAUCCAGAGGAAGUGAGCGAGACUCCGGCCAUAUGAGGGCGGCUCCCCCACUAGCUUUCCUGUCCCCCAUGGGGCCACCAUGGUGAGGACAGCAAGCCAGUCCCCGAAGGGCCGGGCCCUGGGACCCAGGGGCGAGGGUAGCUCUUGUCUGCCCACCCCCCUCGGCUCUCCAGCACUUCCAGGGCCACCACACCCCUGGCAUUCCCAUGCUUGGAGGCUGAUGUUACCACACUAACCGAGGAGCCAGCCCGAGCACUGACCGCAGCAGCUGGGGGCCCACCCCCCGAGCUUUCACACCUGCUCCACCAAUGCCUGCGUCUUGGUCAGGGUCUUACAGACCCGUGCCUGCCUCUCCUUGAUGCUCCACAGCCUGAUCUGCCAGGGUGAGGAGGGGAAAGAUUUUCUACCUACUCUCCUCCCCCACCCCCACCCCACUGCCACCCAGCGGGGCCUUGGGGCAAAGGUUUCCCUUUAGACCCAACUACUCCGUCCAUGGCAAAGCUGGACAGGACAGGGACUCUGGGACUUGUAGCCCUGAGCCUCGGUGAGGUGGCUUGCCAGUAUUGGCCUCCCCCAUUCCUGGGCUGACUGAUGAGCUGCAUGCCCAGAGGGAGGUGGGGACGCCCUUCGCAGGACCACGAGAAGCCCCCCUCCUCCUCCUCCUCCUCCUCGUCUUGUCCCUCCGACGCUCCCCAGCCCCGUCGCCAUGACUGGCCUCCGCGUGGACCCUCGUCUCCUCCCGCCCAGCUUGCCCUCCCCAGCCAGUCCUCACUCGCAACAUCUCGCUGCGGACGCCUGUAAAUUACUGAGAAAUGUGAAACGUGCAAUCUUGAAACUGAGGUGUUAGAAAAAUUUUGAUCCGUGGUGUUUUGUUUUCUCUCCUUGAGACGACGACGUGGAGGCCGGCGGCGUGCUCUUGGCUCUGUGUCGUGUGUUGCAGUACAUGGGUGGGUCUCGUGACGUCUGAGGUUUGACGGUUUGUUGUCCUGAAAGGGUUUUCUUACAGCAGACACGGAAGGCCGCCAGGUCCCCGAGCCCUGAGGGUGGGGCAGAAGGGCUCUGUGGAGCCACAGAGCCUCCUAUCCUGGGCUGACUUGGGCCGUCUCCUCUGUCCAUGGAGCCACAGGGCUGGUACUGCUGCCUCCCCCAACCCCGCUGUGGUAAGUCCCGGUCAACCGUGCUUCUCCUGGGUGGUACAGUCUUGUCAAGACCUUAGGCCUUGGCCUGCUCCUCUUUAGAAUGGGGAGAGGAGAGAUGACCUCCCUCCCCAGCAUCUCUCUCACAAGCACUUUAGGAGUCUGUCUGCCGGGUAGGGAGAAGCUGAGCCUGGUGGUGUGGCCCACGUCCUUCGCAGUCUUUCCCAUCUCAGCUCUCAGAGCAGACCCCUGAAGGGUAGAAGCUUCCAUUUCUGUUCUCAGAGCCUCUCGGGAUCAUGCUGGAAUAGACUGAGGCCAUGGUGGGUGGGGGGUCCUGGGCAUUUGCCCCUCCAUCUCCAGAGCUUUGACCCAAGCAGUGCCUCCUUCCAUUCUGCGGAGCUGCCUGCUCCUGAAGGUAUGAGGGCCGGCCAGCCCUGUCCAUUUGGUCUUCACCAUAACCGGUUCUAACACUCCCAGCCCCUGCAUUGGUCAGAGGGGGCUCACAGGGUUUCUGGCCCACCCAGGCUGUCAGAGCAGAAGGGUGGGCGAUCUGGCAGGUCCUACAGGUGAGAUUUGAGAUCAGCGCAGAGCCUGCUCUCUGGAGGAUGGUGGUGGCUUGGUGUUUCCCAUGAUGGCAUCCAGGAGUUAACUGAGCCAACGUGCCAUCUGCCCAGACCUGACAAGCCAGAGCGCCUCCGUGGCAUCCGGGAGCCCGAGUUGCCCAGCCACCUGGCUCCUGGCAUUGCCAAUUCCAAAGGGUUGGCUUGUCAACUGUGGUAUCCUUCUCUUCUACCCAGAGAGAGCACAUGUGCAUGCACACACACACACACACACAUACACACAUACAUACACACGCACUUAAAUGCACACCUCCUGAUAGAAGCAAACACACAUGAGGGGGCUUCGGAAAGCUCACGGGAAAUUCCAUCCCCGUUUUUGGAAGGCCCCUCCCAUACCCACACACACUUCCACCUACACGCACACACAUGGAGCACAUAGACACAUGUGUGAUGCACAGAAUUUUAAAAGAAUGUUUCCAUGGUGCCAUUUUUCUUUGACUUUAUUUUCAUCUUGGGAGCAGGGAGUCAGGGGUAGGGUGGGGUGAGGCCAGGGAAGACGUAUAGCUUUAGCUCCCUUCGGCCCUGCAGCCUGGAGGUGCCCCCACGCCUCGUGUAUGGAACCCCAGGAAGAGGAAGAGUCUGUUGAGAGAGCGCUGCGGAAGGAGCGAGGUUUCGGGAGUUUAUUUUAAGACCUCUGGGAAGGAAACAGGCCCCGUUUUGUAUAUAGUUGCAACUUAAACUUUUUGGCUUGCAAAAUAUUUUUGUAAUAAAGAUUUCUGGGUAACAAUGA